UAACACUGCGUCAUUGAGGGUCAAACUGAAGGUGCAGUAGCUACACUAUGCAAUAUGUAGGUCUAUCAGAGAUCUCGAAUGAUUUCAAUCCUUAAAGUCUAAACUCCUCCAAUUAAAACCAUAGUUUAUACAGAAUUGAAUGACCCCUUUUCUUCUAUUGACAGCUAUUAAGUAUUAAACGAAUGCCAUUAUCCUUAAUUCAGUACCAUCUUUCCUAUAUGCGCCGACUUAAGACUAAGCUAUCUUAGCGUCGAGGUUUCUUCAAAAUCCAAAUGACAUUAUUCUAAGAUUUUAAACCAGAACGUAAGACAUGUCAAUGGCAAGUCUAAGUUCGGCCACGAUCCGAGGGUAUUCGCCCGCAUCGAUGCGCCCCCUAUCGUCAUGUAUGCUACGACAGACAUACACUGCUGCGACACGACGAUCAGCGAGACAAUUCGUCGCUACUCCGAAACGAUGCUUCCAUCGAUCGUCACAUAAAUAUCAGAAUAAUGAGAGCUUCGGUUCAAGGUUACGGACUGCGCUGAAAGAUACGAAAGUAAGGUGGUAUCCUAUACCCGUAGGCUUGGGAAUUGGUUUUCUCGGUCUCGUACAGUUCUACAAGACCCAAGCUCGUGAGAAGGAAAGACUCGACAGGGAGGCUGCCAAUGAGGAUGGCAUCCGCCCCAAAAAGCGGCCCCGAAUACGACCAGAUGCUCCAUGGCAAGUACAAGUAAUGUCAACACUACCGCUAAAGGCUAUGUCAAGACUAUGGGGGAAGUUCAACGAGCUCACUAUCCCGUAUUACCUUCGGGUCCCGGGCUUCAAGCUUUACUCCUUUAUCUUCGGGGUGAAUCUGGAUGAGGUCUCCGAGCCAGAUCUUCACGUGUACCCGAAUCUUGCAUCCUUCUUCUACCGGACCUUGAAACCCGGCGUCCGACCCCUAGACCCCAAUCCGGAUGCUUUGCUGUCACCAUCAGAUGGGCGUGUGCUCCAAUUUGGUAAGAUCGAAGGUAACGAAAUCGAGCAGGUGAAGGGCAUGACGUAUACCAUAGAUGCGCUAUUGGGCAAACACACGCCCACACCUAGCGUGUCUGGCGUGAAACUAGACACAGACGACCAGACGACCACACGGUCGCCAAAGCGCGGCGACGAAGAACUCGUCUCUUCAGACGAGGAAUUCGCACGAGUAAACGGCAUAUCCUACACCUUACCCAACCUCCUUUCCGGCCCCGACGACGGCCACGAGACCAAGCGUCUCGACGACCAAGCCGCCACUCCCUCCAGCCCCGGCGCCGUCUCCGAAGUCCGCGCGGACCUCGCCCUCGGCGAAAAGCCAUGGUACGCGCUGGUUUCCCCGGACAACCGCACCGCGCUCUUCUACGCAGUCGUGUACCUCGCGCCGGGAGACUACCACCGCUUCCACUCUCCCGCGAACUGGGUCGUCGAGCGCCGGCGCCACUUCGCCGGGGAGCUGUACUCGGUAUCGCCGUACCUGCAGCGCACGCUCCCCGGGCUCUUCACCCUGAACGAGCGCGUGGUCCUGCUCGGGCGCUGGCGUUGGGGUUUCUUCAGCUUCGUGCCCGUGGGCGCGACGAACGUGGGCUCUAUCACCGUCAACUUCGACCGCGAGCUGCGCACCAACUCCCUUCUCACCGACACCGCGGCCGAUCGCGCGGCCGAAGAGGCUUCCGCCCGUGGCGAGCCAUACAGUGGGUUUUCGGAGGCGGCGUAUGGUGCGGCGAGCCGCGUGUUGGGAGGCCACGCGCUGAGGCGCGGCGACGAGAUGGGCGGGUUUAAGCUUGGAAGUACUAUCGUGCUCGUGUUCGAGGCCCCGGUUGCCGAACAUCCAGGCGCGAAGGGCGGGUUCGUCUGGGCUGUGGAGAAGGGGCAGAGGGUUAAGAUGGGACAGGCUUUGGGAUAUGUCAAGGAGUAGGAGUAGUAGAGGGGAAAAGGAGGAAUGUAUAUAUGCCAUUCAACAUAACUGCUGGCAAAAAAAGGAAAGCCCUUGUCUUCUCGAAAAAGAGAGAU